AUGAUCAAAAAUUAUUUAGAUAUCGAUGACAUUUUAUUCAAUUCCGAUAUCCAAGACAUUAAUAAUAAAAUUAACAAACACAAAAAAGCCUCUUCAGCCAGCCUCGAGGAAGAAGUAACGAAAUUCAUAAAUGAUACCUGUAAAAUAUUGGAAAAACUCCUAAACAAGGAGUUAUCCUCAAAUGAGUGUUUAAUCGUCAUAAAAAACAACUUCAACAAGAUAAUCAAGUGUUCUCGGCAGAGCACAGUCACAAAUCACAUCCUAAACAACGUAUUUAACCUUUUGUAUGAGAAGUUCAUACUAAUUAUCAUCUACAUUUGUAAAAGUAAUGCGGAUCAGCAAAUAAUACAGGCGACUUCCAACUUAAUUUACAAUGCCAUCUCUCACAUUUAUCAUCACCUGUUCUCCCUGAACAACAAAAAUGAAGCCAGCCAAAAUAACCAAAAUCGAUUAUUAAUUCAUAUUUGGGAUAUAUUAUUGUUGCUGAUAUAUAGUAAGGAUAAAAGGCUGAGGACAAAUACAUGUCAGUUUCUCCAUCAUUUUGUAUACAACUGCUGUAUUGACGAGAUUGUAAUUAAUUCAGACUUGUAUCAUAAACACAUUAAGCACAUUUUAAACCUGUUUUUGACCAAUGUCAGUUCCACUAGCGGCGUUGGCUCCUCAGGAUCCAGCGGUAGUAAGGAUAAAAUCAACCUAUGCAUAAUACUAGUCAAAUUACUCCAGUCAUUCCAGGCAAGUUUAUUCUAA